UAUAAAUAUGAGCUGCCCCUGCCACACUCCCUUCCACCCACAUCUACCUACGAUUUCUUCGUUACGCACUGAGCUCGUCGCCGAGUACUCGCUGCGGAGCUUGCACCGGCAGCCGUGCCGCCGCGACAAGAGGGAUUCGCCGGAUCGUUCCCGGUCGGCCUGAUGAAGAAGGUUGUGCUCAAGCUGGACCUGCACGACGACAAGCACAAGCAGAAGGCGCUCAAGCUCGUCUCCGGCUUCCUCGGCGUCGAUCAGGUCGCCGUGGACAUCAAGGACCAGAAGAUGACGGUGGUUGGCACCGUCGACCCGGUCGACGUCGUGGAGAAGCUGCGCAGCAAGCUCUUCCCCACGGCGAAGAUCGUCUCCGUCGGCCCGGCCAAGGAGGAUAAGAAGGACGACAAGAAGGAAGGCGGCGACAAGAAGGACCCGAGCAAGGACGUGGCGUACCUGCCGUACUGGUUCCCGCCGCCGCCGCACCACCCGCACUACUUCGUCUGCAGCGCCGAGGAGGACCCCAACUCCUGCGUCAUCUGCUGAUCGACGCGCGCCGCCGAGGAGGGAGGUUCCGCUGUACAUUUAGUAGAUAAUAGCCUGCCUGCUGAUCGAUCGGGGAUGGUCAACGGUGAUCGACGGCGUGCAGUUAUAGAACUGUGUGGUGUAAGGUAAGGAUUGCACCGGCGAUCAGGAAGUUUCUAAAGUGAUGAUGAAGAUACUAUGGAAUUACAGUAUGGAGUGUGGUAUGUGUAGUAGAACGGUUUCGCCGACGCAUAUCUUCGGACUUGAGAACGACUUGAUAUUAUUAUAGUAGUUCAUUACUUGAA